AGCUCACAGGCUCGUCUGUGUUUGAGUUGUGGAGAAGCUGCUUUGGCCACAGGGGCUCCCAUGGCUCCGCUGCCCAAUGACUCCUGGCACAACGGCUCAGCCCUGAUCUUCACCGGCCUGGACCUGCUCCUGGAGCUGAAGCCGCUCUUCAUCCCGCUCUACGCCACGCUGGUGGCGGUGGCGUGCCUCGGGAACCUCUUCCUCAUCCUCCUCAUCGCCCUCACCAAGAAGCUGCACUGCACCACCAACUUCCUGAUCGGGAACCUGGCGGUGGCCGACUUCAUCAUGUGCCUGGCCUGCGUCCCUCUCACCGUGUCCUACGCCUUCGAGGAGCGGGGCUGGCUCUUUGGCAUGUUCAUGUGCCACUUUGUCACCCUGCUGCAGGCCGCCACCGUCUUCGUGUCGGUGCUGUCCCUCACGGCCAUCGCCAUCGACCGCUACGUGGUGGUGGCGUACCCGAUCCGCAGGCGGAUCAGCCGCAGGGCCUGCGUCGGCCUCGUGGCCUGCAUCUGGCUGCUCUCCAUCGUGGCCUCUGUGCCCACCUCACUGCACACCCACUACUUGGACCUCAACGCCAUCGGCCACGACAUGAUCAUCUGCGAGGAGUUCUGGAAGCACGAGGAGAGGGAGCGGCUGCUGUACUCGUGCCUGAUGCUGCUGCUCUCCUACAUGCUCCCGCUGCUGGCCGUGUCCAUCUCCUUCUGUGCCAUCACCCACCACCUGCGCAGGAGGAACGUGCCGGGGGCCGCCCAUCCCUGCCGGGACAAGUGGACCAGGACCAAGCACAAGACCUUCCGGGUGCUCAUCAUUUCCGUGGUCUGCUUUGCCAUCUGCUGGCUGCCUCUGCAGGUGGUCAACUUCAUCCGGGACAUCGACGAGGAGUUCACCAUCCUGGACAAGAGGUACGUCAAUGUCAUCCAGGUCUCGUGCCACCUGAUCGCCAUGAGCUCUGCCUGCUACAACCCCUUCAUCUACGCCUCCCUCCACGACAAGUUCUGGUUCCACCUCAGCAGCUACUUCUACCGCAAGAAGCAGAGCUCCAGGACCAUGUCCUGCAAGGCUUCCCGCUUCAACACCUGCUCCACCCUGGCAGACGCUCCCACCGGGGCCUCGGACAAGAUAGCUUUGCAAUCCAGGUUACCUUAGCCGGAGGACCUUGAGGGAUUGGGUUUGCACAGCCCUAUAUCCCAAACCAUGGCUGGGACAUAUCCCUAUAUCCCAAAUCGUGGCUGGGUGUAGUAGGUGUCCAGUGCUACAUUUGGAGCACAAAGACUUCACCCAUGGUUAAUGCAGGAGGUGGGUCAGUGUCUGAGCAAGGCAAACACCCAUUGUGUAAAAAACCCUUUGGAGAGCGCACAUCUUCAUUGUGUAGGAUACAGAUUGUUCCUAAGCAACAGGCAGCACUUUGUGCCACGGGGAGAGGUCGACUUGCACGGGGAGCCGUGAAAUUGCUGUGCAUUUAUCCUUUAAAAUUGUGGCUUACUGGUGAAGGAACAAUGUAGGCUCGGAGAUGUGCAUUCUGCAGGUGCAGAUGGGAGCAUGUGGCUGCUGACAACAGGUGGCUGGUUUGGAAUGGGAAUGACUUCCAUAACCUGCUUGUCCUGCUGGAGGAGCCGUCCCCGUAACCUGACAGGGCAUCCCAGAUUCUCCAGCCAAAGCUGCAGAGGCAGCUGGGCACAUCCAUGGAGUCAUCACUGCUCUUCAUGGGCAAGCAGGACUCAAAAGACCUCUAGUGAUGAGCUUGCUGGGAAUGAUGUCUCCAAUUCUGCUCCCAGGGAAGUUUAUCUUGGUGGAUGUCCACGUUUAGGGUCCUGCAGUGGAGGUGGGGGUCCCAGUACCAGGCUGUUCUAUCCCAGAAGCUGCCAGAUGAAGGGUGGGCUUGCU